CCUCCCUGGUCCCGGGAAGAGCCGCGUGCCAUGGGUUAUUAGGCGCUGAGGGUGAGGCCUUGAAACAAAGAAGAACACAAAUCAUGUCCCGAGGACUUCCUAAGCAGAAGCCCAUAGAAGGUGUUAGAGACGUUAUUGUUGUGGCCUCUGGAAAGGGUGGAGUUGGAAAGUCUACCACAGCAGUGAACCUUGCUCUCGCACUGGCCUCGAAUGAUUCGUCCAAGGCGGUUGGCUUGUUAGAUGUAGAUGUGUACGGCCCUUCCAUUCCAAAGAUGAUGAACCUGAAGGGAAAUCCAGAAUUAUCACCCAACAACCUAAUGAGGCCUCUUUUGAAUUAUGGUAUUGCUUGUAUGUCUAUGGGAUUCUUGGUUGAAGAGACUGCACCACUUGUUUGGAGGGGCCUUAUGGUGAUGUCAGCCAUUGAGAAACUAUUGAGACAGGUGGAUUGGGGUCAACUGGACUAUUUGGUUGUUGACAUGCCACCAGGAACAGGAGAUGUACAGUUAUCAGUUUCACAGAAUAUUCCUAUUUCAGGUGCUGUGAUCGUCUCCACACCUCAGGACAUUGCGCUAAUGGAUGCACGCAAGGGUGCAGAGAUGUUCCGAAAGGUCCACGUGCCCGUCCUUGGCCUUGUUCAAAACAUGAGUGUCUUCCAGUGUCCAAAGUGUAAACACAAAACCCAUAUUUUUGGUGCUGAUGGUGCAAGAAAGCUAGCUCAGACCCUUGACCUUGAUGUCCUCGGAGACGUUCCCUUACACCUCAGUAUCAGGGAAGCUUCAGACAUGGGUCAGCCAGUUGUGUUUUCACAGCCUGAAAGCGAGGAGGCCAGAGCUUACCUGCACAUUGCUUCAGAAGUGGUGAGAAGAUUGCAGCCACCUCCAGAAUGAUUCCCAAGCGCCCUGGAAAUGUCCUGGUGUUUGAUAAUCACAGACUGUCAAUAAGGAGCACUGUGGUAGUGUGAAACCCACAAAAAUAAUGACAAUCGUGAUGAUUUUCUUUCAUUUCUGAAGAAAUAAUGUCUCAUGUUCAGAUUUGAUUUGACAAGCCAUGAUUCACAAAUAAAGCAUGUGUGUGUGUGUGUGUGUGUGUGUGUGUGUGUGUGUGUGUGUGUAUGGAUGGAAAUGGAGCACCUUGCUACCAGGCAGUGGUUCAGGUUUGGACCUUGUCUGUAGUCCUGUCUUAGACAUGUUCUUGAUGGAAAAGACUUCUACUCAUGUGGCAUAGGCGUGCCCAGACUUGAUGAAUCCGAAUCUCCAGGAUGGGGCUAGGGCAUUGAUAAUGACUUUGGUUAUGAUGUGUCUUAUAGUCACUGUUCUCUUGCCGUGAAGAGACACCACACCGUGACAGCUCUUCCAAAAGAAAGAAUGUCAUUGGGACUUGCUAACAUUUCAGAGGUUUAUUAGUCUAUUACCAGCAUGGUGGCAAGCAGGGCAGUAGCAGGUAAAGUAGACAUGGUGCUGGAGAGGUAGCUGAGAGCUCUACCUCUGGAUCAGCAGGCAGCAGGAAGAGAGAGACACUGGGUCUGGUUUGAACAUUUAAGGCCCCAAAGCCACCCCCAAUGACACACUUCCUCCAGCAAGGCCACACCUCCUAAUGACUCAAGUAGAGCCACUCCCUAAUGACCAAGCAUUCAAAGAUGGGAACCCAUGGGGGCCAUUCGUAUUCAGAGAACCACAGAUAAUAAUUAUGAUAAUAAAAAUAAUGUUUGUCAAGUGAUUUCUGUAGCCUUUGAAUCUUUCAUUCAUACUAGUGGGCACUGUUCAUUUUAUGAAUGAGGAAUGAAGGUAUGGAAAAGGUAAGUGCCUUGUUGUUGGUAGGUUCCUGUUUCUAGCAGAUGAUGGCACUGGCAUUCGUCCACUUUUGUAGUUUGCUGCUGAAGUCCUCCUUGUACUACAUGAGGUAUAUAAUGAUUACAAAAGAAAGGCUUAGUGUUCACGGCAGUCCUGACAUCCCAGUCCCCUCCUUAGGAGUAUUCCAUGGCGUUCAUGUUUCCAAGAAUGUACUUUGAAAAACAUGUGUCUUGUCUAAUUGAAACCCAGAUACAGAGACAAAGACAUCCCAAGGUCUGGUAGCUCUAAAGCUGCAAGUACUGAUAAGAAUGCUGGAGUGCAUCCCUGGUUUAUGGCCAGCUGUAGGGAAGUGGCCUUUGCCCUUUGGCAAAUCCUGUAAUGUUCUAUGAUGCUGCUCUCUAGUUGGCAGCUAGACAGUUACUCAAAAGGCAAAUAUACCUUCAAACCACUACAUGGACAUUUCUAGCACCUUACACAGGAGAGCUGAGAAGUCAGCUUUUCUACAGUGAGUGAAUGGUUACAUAGGUAUAAAACCUCUAUACCAUGAUGGUACUCCAUGGUGGAAACUGAGGAUUCUUUCAACAGUCUCCUAAGAUGGUGAACCAUAUGGUCCACCUGUAAAUGCUUUCGAAAUGAAAAGGGUGAUAGAUUAACUUGUAACUAUGUAAAGAAAGGCUGGAGACAGAAAAACUAGUGUGCCUAUAAAAGAGCAACAUGAGGGAUCCUAGUAAGGAUGGCACUAUUCCCCCAGUGCAGUAGUGAGAGAGGAUUUAGGGCUUCACACAUGCUGGACAAGGGAUCUACCACUGAACUAUAUGUCUAUCCCUCUGUGUACUUCUCAUUUCUGAGACAAGAUCUCACUGAGUCUCCAGGCUGA